CGGGCCUUUGCCUGCGCGCGCAUCGCACCGCCAUCUUACUCUUUGAAUUACGCGCCUUUUCGCGCGCCAACAAUAAUUUGCGCAAAAGUGUUUCUUAUAAAGUUAAGUGCAAUAGAUUGCGGUGUUUCAUUGAUAAAAUGUGCUAAUUUAAUAUACGUAGCAGUUUAUUUGCAGUGCUUGUGUUAUGUUUUUGUUUGGGAGCAUUUUUAGUGUAUGCAUAAAAAGGAGAUAAGAAAGAUAUUUGUGAAGUAAGUAAUGCGGCGCACGGGCAGCGGCCCCGCCAGCCCCGCACCACUCGACCCCGCGCCGCACAGAACGUCAGAAAAUAAAGAAUUACUGAGACAGCAGUUGCUUUCGGCGAGCAAAGAGCGAGCGGACAGGCAGGAGCGCGCCAAGCCCAAGCACUCGCGAAAUCGUCAGAAGAACAGAUGGAAACUCAAGUUCCACCACCAGGCGCUGCCGCAAGAGUACCUCGACCACUACGAGCAGAGCCUGCAGAAGGCCAGCGCCAAGCAGCACAGGAAGCCGCCCGAGAAGCCAAAGGUGGAGCCUAACAUUGAAAUUAACAACUUUACCAACGAAACUUUCAAGAUUUGGGCGCAGCGCCUCGCGGAAAUUCAAAACGAGACCGGAUCCCAGCCCGUACCGCAGAUGCCGUCUGUCCUCAGCAUGGCGGCCAAGCCCAAACAUGAGGACAAGAAGAAGAAGAACCCCGCCAUCGCCCCGAGCAAAAUCAUGACGUACGAGGAUUUACCUUACAUGGGCGAGAUGACCCUCAACAAUUCUAAGCCGAGGCGUGGCAGGAAGCCUAAAAAGGCGGACAUCUGCCACCUCAUAUACGAAAAUUACGGCACUGUGGUGCCCGGCCAGCCGCCGCCGCAGGACCGCCCGAUCCCGCUCGGCGCGAGCCCCGCCCUCCGCGGCGCGGAGCCCUCGCCGACCACGUCCAAGACGGACCUCCAGAACAAGAUCAUCUCAAACCUCCUGGAACGCAAGUUGUCCCAAGAAAACAGAAGGAGACUCGAAAUCCUGUCGCCCCCGAGGUUCUGCAGCCCCGACGAGCCGAUGCCGGAGGCGCCGCGCACCGCAGCGGGGCCCCUGCACAGCGACGACGAGCCCCUCAACCUCUGCAUCAGGGACCUGCACGACCUCAAGAUACAGAUACAGAAGAAAUUCGGUAACAUUUACUCUUCGCUGCCCGAAGUGAAAGUGGAGGCCGACGCCGAGACGUGCGAGCGAGUCGACCUCAAGACCGAGCAGCCCAAUGCCAUCUCGGUCAUCCAGAGGAACACGAACAUCGCGCCCGCCACGGCCAGCAGCUCGCCGGACCUGUCGCGGCAGACGAGGGUCGCCUCGCCCGCGCUGUCCGAGCCGGCGCAGAGCACGCCCGGCGGAGACGGGGACGACAAGUUCCCCAGCUACGUGUACUGGCCCAACGCCGGCAUCUACAUGCACCCGCUGGCUCUGCACACGCAGCUCCUGUACUACCAGAGGCUGGCGGCCGGCGCACCGGGGGAGGGCCCGCCUGGCGCUCCUCGCGGCCCGGACGAGCCUCUCUCCGGCGGCAGCGAGGGCGCCGCCACCGAACCCAGCUCACCGGACGGAAACAAGAAGCUCGUGCUCAAGCAAAUAUCCGAGCUGCUGGAUCCUAAAGUUAUAAAACGAGUGGAGGAGGCGAAGACUCCCGAUACCACAAAAGCGAAGAGGGCGUCGCCGAAUCCCGGGCAGGGGCCGGUGAAGCGGAAGAGAUCGGCCAUCUUCAUUCCGCCCAUUCCCACGAGGACUUCCUCCACGCCCACCACGGAGGUCAGCAUAUGCAAGUUCAAGUUCACCGGCGGCUCCAAGCCCUCGCUGCAGGAGAAGAAGAUGCUGUCGGUGGACUCCGGCGGCAACUUCCGCUACUACAGCGGCACCGGCGCCAAGGGCGGCGCCCCGCGCUGCGCCCUCCCCAGCGAGCCCCCGCCGGAGCCCGCGCCGCCCCUCGAGCCGGACACCCCGCCCGCCGCCUCCCUCGGCAAGGACGACCUCCAGAAGAAGAAGAGAAAGUCUCGGAAGACUCUGCAGAGAGAGAAGCUCGAGCAGACUUUUAAAGAGAAGGGCUUCUUGAUCCAGACGCAGCAGCUGCAGUCGGCGGAGGGCGCCACCUACUGCAAGUUCCGGCAGCUGCGCAAGUUCACGCGGUACCUCUUCCGCAGCUGGAAAGACUACCUGCCAGGAGAACUGGACGACCGGCCGCCGGAGGACGCGCCCGACACACCCCCGACACCACACCCCGCGCCCGGACUCGCCGAGUGGGGAUGAGGGUUGUACAUUCAGUGUAGUGCUAGACGUGAAGGAAGACGUGUGUGUGUGUGUGUACAGAGAGGUCGGAGGCCGCUGAAUGCAUUUAUAGCAUAGACACGGAGACAGGGAGAGUUGUUAUGUACUUAUAGAUAUCGUCGUCCGUCCAUUUGUGUGUCAUGUUGUGUGUGUGUGUGUUUGUGUGUGCGAGACUGCGGCGGGAGAUCAUACAUACAAUGUUCAAGACGAGGUUAAGUUAAUUAAAGUUAUAUAAUUUGAAUGAAGUAAACUGCAGAGAACAGUAACACAACUGACUGAUAAAUAAAUAUCGUCGGGUAGUUUUCUAGUUUAUGACUGUUUUAUAUUAUAGUACAUAUUAUUAUUUAAAUUGUUUUUUUAUUAAUGAGUUCUGUUGUUGGCUAACAUAUAAUUUGUGUGAUACUAACGAGUACUGAGCUCUCCCAGGUGAUGAUAAUAUCAAACAAUAAGCAACGUCAGCAGACCUGCGAGUGAGAUGUACAAGUGUGGUCAGCUGAUGUCAAAGCGCGAGUACAAAUAAUUUAGGAUGUGAACACGUGUGUGUGUAGAGACGAGGAGGAGGAGGAGGAGGAGAUCAAUUCACUGAGUUAUUUAUUGUAAUAUAAUUAAGAGAUGGAGAGAUGCGCAACUUUCAUAUUCAACAGCUAACUUUGUUUUGUGUAAGAUAAAUAUAUUUGUAAGCUUGUACAUGAUGUGUGCAUACAGAGCGAGUCUGUCUAGUCAUUACUUUAAGAAUAAUAUAUUGUUGUUAUUCAACUUGUACAGAUAUUUAAUUAUUGUUCUUAGUUUUUAAAAUAAAAACACUUUUGUAUUUUAUAAAACUUUAUUUAAAAAAAAAAGAAAAAACUCAAUGAUUCUGUGAUUUCAAAGAGAAACAAAUGCAAUUAAAGAGGAAUGUAAACGUGCCAAUAAACAUUUUUAACAAAUUAAA